UCCGCCUCUCCAGUCAUCCCGUGGUCCGCUCCGGCUCAGCUCGGCGAGCACCCCAGGCCAGACCCUACGCUGAGGAAUCCCAUCGAGUUACGCUGUGCGCGGCAGGUGAUGGGGGCCGCGACGCCGCUGCGGGACGUGCACCAGGGCCUGGCUCCGCCAAGCGGCGGCCCCGCGCGCGUGGCGCUCCUGUCGGGCCACUAUCUCUACUACCACUACGGCUGCGACGGCCUGGAUGACCGCGGCUGGGGCUGCGGCUACCGCACGCUGCAGACGCUGUGUUCCUGGCCCAGGGGCCUCCCCGCUAGCGUGCCGGCGCUGGACGCCGUGCAGGCCGCUCUGGAGGACAUGGGUGACAAGCCCCCAGGCUUCCGGGGCUCCCGGAGCUGGAUCGGCUGUGUGGAAGCCAGCCUCUGCCUGGACCACUUCGAGGGCCCUGUGGGGCGCCUGUGCCACGUGCCCCGCGGGGCUGGGCUUCGGGGGGAGCUGGAGAGGCUCUACUCCCACUUCACGGGGGGCGGGGGACCCGUGAUGGUGGGAGGGGACGCGGAUGCCCGCUCCAAGGCCCUGCUGGGAGUCUGCCUGGGGCCUGGCGCCCAGGCCUACGUAUUGAUUUUGGACCCGCACUACUGGGGCACCCCGAAAAGCCCCAGUGAACUGCAGGCCGGCGGGUGGGUGGGCUGGAGAGAGGUGAGCACAGCCUUUGACCCCAACUCCUUCUACAACCUGUGUCUGACUAGUCGGGACUCCGAGAAGCAGCCACCCACCCUGGACUGAGGGCCUGGGGGCCCAGAACUGAACCAUCCUUGUGUGCUCCUCCUCGGGGCUCCCAGC